CGGCCAAUUGGCGGCGGCCUCGAGAGCUGCCCGGCAAAAUGGCGGUGCCGCCAGUAGCAGGAUGGGUGCGGUGCCGCUGCAGCGGCCGCCAUGCCCGGUAGCCGGCGGAGGGUGCUGUCCCUCGGGCCCGCCGCCCUGAGAAGGCGCAGCGGCGGCGAGGAGCAGCUGACGCGGCGGCGGGCGGAGCUCCUCGCGGAGGAGGGGCCAGUGGAACGCGGCGCGGGCCGAGGCUUGCCCGCCGGGGAGGCGGGGGCGUGCUUGCCCCGCGUUGCAGAGCCAUGUUUACAUAAGACACCAAAGAGAUCAUUGAGCAGAAAAUCCCGAAUACCUACUUUCAGCUCUCCUAUUAAUGACACUGAGACACAGCAAGAAAUCUUUUGGGAUUCUCAUUCACCAGUUGCACACAGACUAGGCAAUGGAAAAAGCAAGCAGUCUACCAGUAGAUGUGCAGUAGAAAUUUCGGAAAUUGUUAAUCGUAUUGCUCCUCAGGAUGAAAAAGCAGCCUGUAAUGAAGACUCCCUUUUAGGAACAUGGAUUGGUGAGGAUGCUAUUCCCUGUACACCUGUAGUAGUAAAAGGGCGAGCUAGGACAAAGUUAAGUUGUACGAGAGAUCUUAAAAUAAAAAAUCCUGAAGAGGAACUCAUGAAAUUGGCUAAGGAGUUUGAUAAAAAUCUAGUAGAGUUAGAUGCUGUUCAAGAACAGGAGAAGCUUGGUCACAACUUCAUCCAGAGCACCUCAGAGCCGUCAAGUAAUUCUAAAGAUGAAAUAAAUACGAAGAACCAGAAAUCGCUCCUUGGUGAAGGAUCUGAAACAGAUCCUACUGCAUCCCUGAAACCAGUUGGACAGAGCACUGGCAUUCCUGUGGCAAAGCCCUGUCAGUCCAGCAGUCAAAAGUCUGUAGACCUCGAGGCUGAAGUAGCCCUUCAUGCUCUUUUUGACUCUUCUACCCAGAAGUGCAGUGGACAGUUGAGCCAAGGACUGUCAGAUAUUUCUUUAAAUAAUAGUUUUCAUAAAAUUAAAAGUACCUUGGAGGAGGAGAAUCUUCCUGAGAAAGCUGAAGAGACACAGCAUGGUAAUUUAGAGGCAUAUCAAAAAGAUACUCUGUUUGCAGUAGGAAGCAUGGACCAGACUGUGCCAAAAGCUGAUACUGACGCCCUGACAAAAGAAAAUCCUCCUUCUUUGAAGACACAAUUGGUGGCCUCUGCUAAGCUUGCUGGAGUAGUUAAUGAUGACUUUGAUGACUGGGGUACAGAUCUUUUGGCAGAUGACUCUUUUGUGAUGCAAAUAACCCAAAAUCCUGAAUUGAUAAGUACUGAAGAACCACCACAAAUUCCUGCAAAUCCAUUUGUGCAUGAUUUCAGUGAUGCUAGCAGAACAAAGCAGAGAAGUAGUGGCAAUUCAGUAACUCUUUUGGGGACUGUAAACAAAUCUAACAGUUUGCAGUAUUCACCUUUGAAACAUUCUAGUAAAAGCUCACAACAUGUAAAAUCACUGUCUUUACAAAAGCCAUGUAAGACAGAAAACGCCAAGAUAGAGACCAAGGCCUUGCAUGGUAAAUGUGAUCUUAAACCAGAUAAAACUAAAUCUGUUUGGAAGAGUACCCAAAAUAACGAUUUGAACCAUAUUCCUGCUUCAGUGCAAUCUGAAAUGAAGAAUGGAAAUGAAUCUACUAAGCCUCAAAGCAAUGCUCUUCCUCUUUUUCCUUCAAGAUUUAAUCCUCAUAGACAACCAGCAGGAAAACCUGGGAAUAAUACUCAUGCCAUUUCCUGUCCGUCAUCCAGUGUUUCUACCAACAUGAAACCUAAUGAUCUAACCAAAGUGGUUAACCAAGCUAAUACAGGUCACUCAAAUCAAGUUGAAAUACCAAAGAAAUGUCCUCUGUCAUUUGAUGACUGGAAUGAACCGAAAUUCUCUGAUGAGAUAUUAGGUAUGUUUUGUGGAUCUGAUAGUCUUUGGGAUGCAGACUAUGAGGAUGAUGAAUUGUUAUAUCAGGUGUGUGAUGAUAUAGAAAAGCAAACUCAGAGCCAGGAUGUUAAAGAAGGAAAUGAAAAAAUUGAAACUAUUCAAGGAGCCAGUAUUAAUUCCAGAUCAAAUGCUGAUAACAGCUUCCCAGUGUCUAAACAAGGACUACCCGAUCUCCUCUUGGCACAAAAAACAAAUGCAAAUGAUGCCUCACUAAAUGAUGCCUGUAGGAAUUCAUCAAAGACGGUGCAUGGGCUGGCCACAACAGGUCAUGUCGGGAACUGUAAGAACAUCUCAAAUCCUCAGACUGUGAUCUCGGGUCCUUCUGUGGAGUGUAAAUACACACUCCCUAAAAACUGUCAUCAAGAUGCUUCUGAAGAUAGUGCAAUGACUGUUUCAGGGAAAUGGUACAGGUCAAAUUCUGUGCCAGCAGGGGAGACAGGUUCUGAAGUAAGUCUUGUUAAUGCAGUAAAUAUUUUUAGUAGAAAAGCACUCGACUGCUCACAUUUCUCAUAUAAUGCGGGAAAGAUUCCAAAUAGCAGCUCUGGUAACAAAACUUCACUUACGCCUUCAAAGUUUAAAUUCCGAAAGAUUAACAAUUCUCUGGGUGGUCAUCGUGUAGGGUCUGGAAGUUCAGGGAAUCAUUCUGGCAUUGGAAUUACUCUGCAGGGUUCGGAAGGAAGCAAGAAUCAGGUCAAUGUCGCCUUGCACCGCAAGCUUGACAAUAAGAAAUCACCUUUCAAGAGGCAUCUUUCAGAGUCUUUUGUACAGACUACAUCAGUGUCUUUGGUAGAACAAAAAAAUAGAAAAUGUUCUCAAGAGGAGAUUGAAAGAAAAAAACAAGAAGCUCUUGCUCGAAGAAAGUCCAGAACACAAGCAUUCUUUAAAAUUACUUGAACUUGGAGUAUAUUUUGUCUGUGGAGUAAGCUUUUGGUAGGGAAAUACUGUAAUGCUAGAAAACACUUUUUGAACUCUGUUCACAGCUAUUGAUGGCACGUAUUUUCUGGUUUUGAAUAUUAAAAGAUCUGGAACUGAACCAUAACUAAUACUCUGGAGGUACUUAGUUUUAAUUAGAAGCAAUCAGUUAUAAAUGUCUAGUCCGAAACUACCUUCAGCUAGAUGAAGAUUCUGUUGAGUUCACAUGUUGAAAUUAUACGGCCUGAAAAUCAUGGAAGUAUUGGUAUACACACAUAAUGAAGGUGUCAAAAACAGACUGGAUGUGUUUUGGCUGUGUUACUGCAAGUAUUCUAUUCUACAAGAAGACUCUCAAGUACACACAGACUAAGAAAUACUAAUGUUUGGUCUCAGGUAGAAGAAAGUUUUAAAAUUUUGGGUUAAAUAAACUACAAUCUAAGAAACAUCCAACAUCAGAAAAUUGAUGGAAAUGAACAGACUUUGGAAAAUGUGCUCAGUUUAUCUCUUACCUGGGAUAAGAAUUGUACAUAAGGAAGAAUUUAUUAUAGAAGUUUCAUUAUGCAAAAAAGUGUCCUGCAGAGGACAUGUUAUAUUCUUUUAAAUUCCUUUCAGGAAGAACUUGAAAUACCCGAAGGAAAUUAGACCACCUUUUUCUAAAGGCACAUCACCAAGCUAAUUAAAAAAGGUAGCCUAUGCCAUUUUACCAAAUCAUGAGCAAUACAUAAUACACCAGGUGAAAUCUCAAGACUGUGCAUCAGUUUAGCCAUCUGGGUUGUACAUAUUUUCAAACAAAGGCUGUUAAAUUAAAAAAAUGCUGUGUCAUGUCAGCUUAAGGGUCUGAUAGAAUUUUUGAUCUGAUAGAUGCGUGUAAGGCUCAGACUGCAAAAACUGCCUCUGGGUAAGCUGCAAGAUAUUUUUCAACUGAGAAAUGCUUAUAUGUAAACUUGUGACACUAUGAAAAGUGACUGUAAUUUUUCUUUGUAAAUAAAUAACUAGGAAGUGUUCCUCCAAAGGUUGGAGGAAGUUUUGGGUUUCUGUAGUAUGCUGUUCUUGUAACUCUUGAAAAUGUAAGUAUUGUAUAUUUGUAAGUCAUCAUUAAACUUUUUUUCACAUUUUUCUA